AGAGUGCAGCUUUAAAGUGUUUUCAUUAUCUUCGGUUCCGUUGUAAUACAUUUUCUAGACAAAGGAAUGCUCAGAUGGAUCUUUCAAAUUUAAAUUAAACUCAAUUAUUUCAAUGUCUUUGAUAGAAAUGAUAUAACAACCUUAUCUCACUCUUCUGCGUUUUUAUUCAAUAACACAACGUUGAUAUAAAAGCAGGGAACUGGUAAAAAAUAGUUGAAUAUAACCGUAUAGCGAUACGACUUUUAUGACGCACUAUUACUUUGCAUCGUCUCAAUUUCGACUGGUUUGUAGUAAUUUGUAAUACCUUUCGCGUUUUGUGGCCAAAUAAUUGAAACCAGUCACCAACGUGUCGCCAUCUUUGUUUCGGAAGUAAUUUCUUGGGUAAUUUUAUCUUCAGAUUUAGCCAUUAAUCUAUGAAAUAGUGACAUAAUGGUUCAAUAUAUUCAGGUUACAGACGACGAAAAUGAAGAACCGAUCGAAAUCCCCAGUGAAGAAGACGGAACUUUGCUCCUCAGCACGCUAGCAGGCCAGUUUCCAAACGCUUGUGGACUGAAGUAUAGGAACCAGUCUGGUGGUUUUCGAGGGAUACGCCUCAGUGACGGUCGUCUCCACCCCCCAGACAACACCUGGAAAGCCUGUGUCUACCUCGUCGUUUACCCGAAAGAUGCCAAGCAAAAGGAGGAAGAUGAAGAGGAAGAUGAAAGUCAGAAGUUGAAGAAAGCAGAGAAGAAAUGCAGUGACCUCAUUGUGCUUGGCCUGCCCUGGAAAAGCACAGAAGAUGACCUAAGAAAUUACUUCUCAAAGUUUGGUGAACUGCUUCUCGUUCAGGUUAAACGAGACCAGAAGACCAACCAAUCCAAGGGCUAUGGUUUCAUUCGCUUCGGUAACUACGAAGACCAGAUCAAAUGUAUGAACGUGCGACACAACAUUGAUGGAAGGUGGUGCGAUGUCACAAUUCCCAAUUCUAAUGAAGGAGCUCACAAGCUAAUCAGCAGGAAAGUCUUUAUAGCCCGUUGCACUGAAGACAUCACAGCAGAUGAUCUCAAGAAUUAUUUCUGUCAGUUUGGUGAAGUAGUGGACGUUUUCAUUCCAAAACCAUUCCGCUCAUUCGCUUUUGUUACAUUCUCCGAUCCAGAUGUUGCUCACAGUCUUUGCGGAGAAGAUCAUAUAGUCAAAGGAGUAAGUGUUCAUGUUAGUUACGCUGCUCCCAAAGGAACAGAUAGGUUUGGAGAAAAGAAAGCCCAACAGAAUGGUCAAGUUGUGCAAAAGGGCGCAGCAGGGGCUUACACGCAACUAGUGAAUCACCACACCAACUGGCAACCACAUAAGAAUAACCACCAGUACCCAAAACCAAUUCCAUUUCCACCCAACAUGCCUCCUCAUGAGAUGAAUGCUGUCAGCUUUAAUCUUUUCAAUUCAGCUAUGAUGGCUGCUGCUCAGGCCAUGUUGCAGGGUCAGGCUGGUAAUUGGGCCCAUAUGGCCCCUCCCCCUCCCCAGGUUGCCCCACCCCCUCAGGCGGGAGUUCCCGUUAGUGUACCAGACACAAGUCAAGCUGCCCCUGUUCACGUCUCGUAUGCUCCACCCCAGAGCAGCUCUGCCUGGGGGUGGGGUCACCAUACCACAGAACCCCAGCCUGGCAGCUAUGCGGGCUGGACUCAAUCCAACCGCCAACAGCAGGGUUGGAGUUAGUUGUUAGGUAUGGUGAAUACUAGUGUUUUGUUAUAUCAAAAUUUUGGAUAUGUAGUCUAGCUCUAUCAUUGUUUUAUUGCUGAAUUGUCACGUUUAUGUUAGAUUUGCUGACACAGGUUUCAGUCUCAUAUCAUAUGUAUAGACAUUGAAUUAUAUAAGACAUGUAAUGUCUUUUGUUGUAGUUUCUGCUAUAUUUUCUUAUAACAAAACACUAUGUAUAUUGUAAGGGACAUUUGUUUUAACACUUACAAAAAUGAGGCACUGUUUUUGUUUAAGAUGGUCUACUUUUUUAUUGCUUUAUAACAGUUAAUGGAAUAGUUUUUGAAGUUAUUGUAAAUAUGAGUAGUAUUCAUUAUGUUUACCAUAAAUUCAUUCAUUUCUUUAAAUUGUUGUUCACUGAAUGAUGCAAUUUUGUAAAUGUGUUACCACAAACCAGACAUUUUCAAUACCAAUUAGACUAGUUUUGUAUUUUACUGCUAUUGUGCAAUGAAUUUAUGGUACCAUAUACUAGCGUAGAAGAUACAUUUUGUAAAUAGCUUUAUUGAUGUCCAUAUACAGAGUAUUAUGCAUUUCAUUUUCUUUGUUGUUUUAUACCAAAGUUUUACAUUGUUAAGAUUCAAAUUUCCUGAAGAGGACUGGGCGAAAGACAGUUAUAACUCUGUGUAUAAACCUUGUGUUAAGCCCUUCCUGUGUUGGGAUGGUGUUCACAGCAUUUUGACAUUAUGUUUGACCAUAAGAUUAUAGUUACUUGUCUUAAGAAGUUUGAGAAAUGCAUUUAUAAUUAUUUUGACUGUUCUGGCAUCGUUGUUUAAGUGAUUACUCUUUAUCCCAAUUUUAACUUGCUCAAUAUCAUUUUGCACUUAUAUCCAGAUAUUUUAUGCCUCGUGGAUAGAUUUUGUCCCAAAUUGCGUUCAACAGUCCUUUUAACGAUACCGCCUGUUGCCACACUUAACACUGGGUAGUUUCGCAUGGAUAGUUAGCAUCUGAUUCAAAAUAUUAAAAUUAUCAUUUGUGCUGUUUGGAAAAGGGAAGCCUUUACAGCUAUCCAGAAAAAGAAAGUCUUUUUAGCCCCAUCCGGAAAUGGAUUGUAUUUUUUAGCGCUUUCGGUAAAUGGAUAGUCUUUUUAGGGCUAUCCGGUAAUCGACAGUCUUAAAUGUAUCAAAUUUGCUUAAUUUGGCUAAAAAGCGGUACCUUCAUAGGCAUACAGUAGAAUGUCUCUUAGAAGAUGAAAUUGACUUGUGUAACACAUUUUUAUAACUAAUUUGUGUUUUUCCUUAAAGAUCAAGAUGUAAUCAGUCUAACUGUUUUUCAGAGCUUUUGUUGUUUGUUGUAUUGCCGACUUGUAAUAAAGCUUAACUUUGAUCAAACCCAAGUGGUUUCAGGGAAGUCGACCAGCAUUGCUUUAGUAUGUUCAUAUAAAGAAUAUUUUAUUGAUAAUCUUUCAAGCAAAAAAUAUUUUUCGAAUGAAAUCAUAAACAUAAAAAUGAGGUCAAAUUACAGAAACAUGUUCUGUCAUUUAUUGUCAAACAGAAAUGAAAGUCGUCUUGUAACGAGUUUUAAUUUGAAACAGUGGGCAAUGCAUUGAGCAUAUUCAAUUAAGGUUUGAAAGAAUUUUUAAUACAAUCAUUGAUCUCUCAUUGUUCUGAAUUGUAUCAAAUACAACCAAUGUGAAAAUCAACAGAAACAAUGUGUUCAGUAAUACUUAAUCAAAUGAUCAUUAUAAUGUAAUGGAGCAUUUAUGGACAAUGUUUGGUUACUUGCAAAAUCUCGAUUAUUUUUGGCUUUUCUUUAUUUUAUUUUUCCUUUUAUAACAACAGAGUGAGGUAUUCACAGUAAAGCUGCAAUUUAGACUUACUCUUUAUAAAGAUGCAUAAUCUAUACUAAGCUCAUUAUUUGUGCCAAAUACCCACUAGUACGAUUAGUGAUUGGAAUUCAGGGAGAAAAUAAAGAAAUAUAUAUCACAAUAUUAAGUAGAAAUUAAUCUUAAUAUGUUGUAAAUGCUUAUUUUUCAUUUCCUUGUGAUCAUUUUGACAUUUCGUUAUGAUCAUUUCGACAUGUUUGUUAAGAUCUUUUUCACAUGAUUGUUAUGAUCAUUUCACCAUGUUCUUUGUGUAAAAUUAAUUCCUACGAUUUCCUGUUGCUUUCAAAAUAUUUGAUUCUGACAUGGAGUAUUUUAAAUUAGAAAAAUUGAUUGAUUAACAUAAAAAUAGUUUUUUGAGCAAUGUUGCAAUAAAUGGAGUUUUUUUAGGAAUGUUGAUCACAAGAUAAAUGUUGUAUUGCUUCAGGUGUUCACUGUAUAAAAUCACAGUAAUUCUUGUUUCUUGUAGUUGUGCACACUCCUGUAGGUCCGUCCUUAUCAACGAGCAUAGCAUACAAUUUAUACUUUGAAUCUGUUGUUCUUGUUUGGCAUAUGCUUUGAAACAAAUAGUUUGGGUGGAAAUGCUAUAAAUGUUCCAGUAGGUCUAAAUUAGAAAGUGAAAAUUAAAAUUCGAUUUCAGGAACUUGCUCAAGAACAAAUUUCUUUUUUAUCUUACAAUACUUUGCUAUACGGUCGUUGAUAAGAUGGCCGCUACACAUAUUUCUAUAAUAGUCAGCGAUUUAGUCGUUAUAAUCUAGAGCUUGUCACAAAAUUCGAUGUACAUAUGGCCGUCAUAUAUUUUUUGGGCCAUUUAAAUGUAAAAGUCAAUUUGUUUACAACCUGUUUUUUUUUUUUAUUUUGUAUAUAAAUGUACAUUGUUACAACAUUAUUGAGUAUACUCGAAGUGCUAUACAAUUCCCUACAUGUUUUACACUGAUCACUAUUUGGGCAGAAAUGACCUUGACCUUGUUAUACCAUAAGUACGGGAGAUGGGGUGAAGGUGAGAACAAUUACCUCGUACCGGACAAUAAACGGCACCCAAGCCUGAUAUAUAUUCAACGUGUGCCUGAGUUACCAGGUAUUUUGAUAUUAAUAUUUGUCUCAAGUAUACAUGAAGAAUAAAUCUUGUAGUAUUAUGGCGUUGAAUUAAGUUGGGCUCCUGCUUACAGAAGUACCAUUGAUGAAGUUCUUUUUCUGAGUAGAUGGUGCAUGUUCUGCGGAUAGUUAAAAUUUGCAAUUUGUAAUAUUAGCAAUUUUUGCGCUGCUGUUAAUAAAAUAAUUUCAUCUUUGAUAUUAAACCUUGUGAAAUAGAUACAAACCAAAAUCAUGAGAAAAACAUAUCAAUUUUUCGGUUAAUAGAGUUGAAGGAUAUGUCACUGGUUCAUUGAAUUAUAUGGGUUAAUCCUUUAUUUAAGAGGCAAAUAAGGGCUUGGGUUCCAUGUUUGAAGGUAUAGGGAACAUUUGUGUGACGCAUCUCUUGUGUGAAGCUUAGCAAUGUAUUGUACGGGCAGUGAGUAAGAAAUUUUUGAGUGAGUCUGUUUGUCUUUGCCAGAGGUUUAAGUACAUGUAGGUUUGUCAGAAGGGUUGGGAGUUGAACUGAAAAAUAAAACCCUAGUAUGAUGAAUUAACAUUUUAAUUUUGCUUAACCAGAGACUUUUGUCUCUAUAAUUUAAUGCUCAAUUCUUGUGUAUGGUUGGUUUUUGAUAGUAUGAACAAGUAUUUAGUAAGUAAUCAGUACGUUCGGUAUGAAUUUAGCGCAGCAUCAUGUUGAUAACUGUUUUAGAAUGAAAUACUAUUUUAUUGUUGAUACUGUUAUUAUAUUUUUAUUCUGUCAAACAGAGUUCUAUCUAGUCCUGCCAUAAUUAUACAUUUAUUUCAAGGUCAUUUCUGCUCAUAGGAUUUUUUAGAGAUUUACGAUCAAGCCAUGAUGUUUGUUCAUUUUUAAUCAUGGUUUUGAGAAAUAUAGUUUAUUUUUUAAAGUUGUUAAAUUUUUGAGAAUGAGAAUACUAGAAGUAAGAGACUUUACUUGGUUAAAAGAAUGAAAACUCUGUACGUAUCGGAAUGUGUCCAAAUGUAGAGAAGUGUUUAGCGAGCGAGAUGUGGAAAUCUGGGGACUGUAUGAUUAAGAAUCCUAGGGGCACUUUUCAUACUUACGAGAAAUUUUUAAGAGUUAAGUUUGAAACGGCUCCUCGAUUCUUGAUGAUAUGGCCUUCUUGUGUUUAACGCCUGAUGUGAGUUGUAAAAACAUGUCAGAAACUUUUUGUGAGCUCCUUGAUAUUACUGGAUGAUCUUGCAUAUUAAAGUCGACAAAUCUAUUGGUCAAUGAUCAUUGGUACAAGAAUUUCAGAUUCUUUUUUUGUUAGACUUAUUAAAAAGAGAAGAACAAUGUCAAUUUAGAUUGAUAUUUCUGUCUCUGUUAUACAAGACUUUGUUUUAAACAACAACUAGACAUUAAGGGCUUAUUUUAAUGAUAAAUAUUAAAUACUUUGACAUAAUCAUUAAUUCAAUGUUUUCUUAUGAAGUAUGUGUGUACAUAAUUAUUGUGUUAGUUUGUUCUACAACAAAGUCAGACUUGCUUGUCACCAACAUUAGGGGUAUCCCUAAGCUUUUUUAAAACAUUAAGUUUUCAAAAUCUACCAAAUGAAUGGACUGAUUUUAUAUGUACUUAAAUGUAGUAUAUUGGUGCACUUUCAUGUACAUUUUCAAUUUGGUCCUGGACAAAAAAGGAUUCAUUUAGUUUGAUAUUUUCGUAUUGAAAAUAAUUUCUAAUAAAUAAAUAUGGGACCACCAUAUUUCAAAUAAAAAAAAUAUUUUAAUCUUUGGAAAAAACGUUAUUAAACGUUAUUAAAUUGAACUUCUAAUAAAGGCACACAACUAUUUUUCAAAAACAUUGACAUUUGAAAUCCAGCUUGAGUAACUGGUCUGGAGUUUACUAUAAAACGUACAUGUUCUCAUUAAGUUGCACCGUUUUGCUCGUCUGACUUUGUUAAAGAACGUCUGUGUGUUGGAUUGUAUAGAAAUGCUUCUUUAUGUAAACAGUGUAUAUCCUUCUGUUGUUAGCGUGUGGUGUGGUUGAUUUAUUAAUAAACAAUAAAACAGAA